AUUUUCGCUCUUAUAGCAAAUCUUCACGUAUCCAACCAUUAGCUCGAUGUCUGGAGUAAUUUCACCGACUAAUUUGUCUCUAUUCUCGUCUCCUGUCUCGGUAACGAGACCGGUAGCCACUCAAAGGUCUGUCUCUAAUGUCCCACCGCGUUGGAAUACCGCGCCAUUUAUCAAUUUGGAAGACGAUUAUAACAUGAUUGCACCGAUCAUCGCUGGAACAAACAGUGAGCCACCAGCUACUAUGGAGGAAGAACGGUAUUUUCAUCCCGUACAUACAAGUGGCGUAGCAGAUAAAAAUGGCAGUGGUAAUUUAAUAGGCAACGAACUUGGAGUAAACACAGAUCCUACAUCGCAUCAUCAUCAACAGCAACAACUUCCACAGCAGCAGCAGCAACAGCAGCAGCAACAGCAACAACAAAUACAGCAACAGCAAUCAUCUUCACAACAGCAGCAGCAGCAGCAGCAGCAAGUAAUGGCAGAUAAACCCAGCGGGCCUAAGUCUCCUCCGUGACAGUGGAGUCUGAGAACGGAAAGUUUCGAAAGACUCACGAAUUCGCCGUGUUUGUCAGGAUCGAUAUUUAGCAUUGCGUAUAAUAAUUAUGCCGAAGUCACGGCUGAAGCCGAGUUCGAGAGUAAUUGUCAGGAAAUUAUGCCUCGUAUUCAAUUACGUGAUUUAAACUUACGAAGAAUAGAAUGUUUAAGAGUUCGAUCUUAAUAUAUAUGUUUUAAAGUAACAGAAUAAGAAUGCUUUUCAAGGAAUGCAAUUGAAUAAAGAGGUCCGUUGAUUCAUAUUUAUCAGGAUAGAUUAGUAUUAUACAAAGUUUCAUAUUGUGACAACCUAACCAAGUAUUCAAUAAUAGUAUAGUUUAUCGUGCGAUAGAAUUUGCGACGCUUAGAAUAGCGCUUAGAUAAGUUAACGUUGCUAUGCAUGCCUUAUCCUACUCGAGAACAGAAACUUGUCUACGUACAGUGUAGUGGAACAAUAUUGUUCAAGCUAUAAUGUAAUAUAUUUAGAUAAAACGACAAAUUUUAAAGUCUCAAAUUUAGUAUAAACAGUUGGACACAAUAUUACUAUUGUGGAGUAUUGUUUGGUUUGUAAUCAACUACGUGCAGAACUGCACUUAUAUCAAUUGAUACAUAGUCUAUGAGUUAAAUGGUCUAAA